AUGGUAACGAAAAAUCUUUUCGAAACAGAUAUAUCAAUUGUUUCAUUUCAUAGGAAACGAUAAGAAUUAUCAAUUUCGGAACCGUCAGUACGGUUUAUUUGUUUCUGUUCCUCAGGUGAUUAUUUACUUGGAGAGAAGUGUCCAGAUGUCACUGUAACUACAACUACAACUACAACUACAAUCGCACCAGUAACAACUACAACAAGCAUUGUACAAGCAACAACUACGACCACCGCUGUCGACUUAACUACAACUACAACAAGCAUUGUACAAACAACAACUACGACCACCGCUGUCGACUUAACUAUAACUACAACAGCUACACAGACGACAACAACAACUACACAGACGACAACAUCAACUACGCAGACAACGACAAGUACCAGCACAGAAACGAGUACAACUCCAGGAUGUGCACCUCGAUCGAGUAGUUCCCAUCCGUUCAUGCAACCAACUAUUAUAAUAUUGUUAAACCUAAUUUAUUUUUUCACAAAAUGA